AUGACGAUCAAUAAUGCUGUUGCUCAGGCAUCGCUCGCCGAACGUUUGGGCAAGAACCGGAUUAUUGCUGAAAGUGGGACUGGUCAGUAUGGAGUUGCAACAGCUACGGCGCUUAAUGUUUUCAGAAUGCGGCUUCUUGGUCCAGAGAAACAAGAAAACAAGCGCUGGAAAAAUGGGGAAGGAAAACCAGAUGCAUUGGUUGCAUGUGUUGGUGGAGGUUUAAAUGCUAUGGGACUUUUCCAUGAGUUUGUUAAUGACAAGGAUGUUAGGUUGAUUGGUGUAGAGGCUGCAGGUUUUGGUUUGGAUAGUGGCAAGCAUGUUGCUACUUUAACUGAGGGAGAAGUGGGAGUGUUGCGUGGAGCUAUGAGCUACUUAUUGCGGGAUGAAGAUGGACAGAUAGUUGAACCGCAUUCCAUUAGCGCAGGGUAG